AUGCUUCUUUGCUUUUAUGGUCUAGUUUCGGCCGCAACUAUAGUUGAUAACUCUGUAAACCACUUUACCUUUCAAAGUAGAGAAGUAUGUUUAAGGAAUUUUUACUGGUAUCAUGGCGUUGUCGAAUUUAACGUUAAUGAAAACGAUAAUGAUAUAACAGCAUUAAAACUUACAUGGAAUAGUUCUGCAGGUGCAGGAACUACCCCAGCUGUAAAUAUGCAAACACAAAAUCGUUAUAGAUAUGGUCAUUUCGAAACUAAAAUGAGAACCCCUGAUACAUCUAGCGAUCCAACUACAGGUGUCGUUUCAUCAUUUUUUACAUAUUGGAAACCAAAAGCCCAAGAUGAAAAUCAUGAUGGAGUUGAAGACGUUGCUGAGAUUGAUUUUGAGUUUCUUGCAGGAAAUCCACAUCAAAUACAUCUCACAGUACACGUUGGCAAUAAUUGGCCAUACUUAUCCAAAAUUUACAGAGUUGUCGACCUUCAGAAAGGUUUAGUUACGAGAACAGAAGACAUUUUUAAGAACGCAACACACGAGUACACAAAAGAUAUUCGAGAAAGAUCUUUUCCAAAGACAAUUCCAAAAAUUGAAAGUUAUUCAAGUGUAGACUAUCAUGUUUACGGCUUUGAUUAUUUUCCAAAUCGUGUCGAAUUUUGGGUAAAAAUCAAUUCACAGAAAAUAUUGUUAUGGAACGUUACAGAAAAGAUUCCAUUUCUACCAAUGCACAUGUUUGCAAAUCUGUGGUGGACGAAUGACUGGUAUCCAGAUUAUAAAUCAAAUAUCGUAACCAAGCCAACAAUCCCGAUUCACGCUUGGUAUAAAUAUUUCCAAUAUGUUCCAUUAUCUGUAGAAGAGAAGAAACAAUUUGAACCAAAGGUAGAGACACCAGUUCUAGAAAGAACUCCAGAACCAACAGUAACAAAUGAAUCUCCAUCUGAGUCUCACUCAACAUCAUUUAACAAUUCAGAAGAAUCUCAAAAUGGAAAUACUCCAACUCAAAAUCCUAAACAAAGUAACUGGAAGAAUACAUUGCUUUAUGGUAUUCUUGCUGUUGUUCUCACUGCUUUUAUUGCAGCAGUUAUCUACGCUGUGUAUUAUUUCAAAACAGCACAUGAUGAUAGUGAUGACUCCAAAGAAAGUUUAGUGUAA